GUAUACAACUUGAAAAAAUAUAGGUUAACUUUUUAAAUGUUUAGAACUAAAGUUGGAACUUGAUUUUUUAAAAUGUAUUCUGAGAAAAUCGAAGAAUUUCAGAAGUAUUUUAAAACCCACAACAAAUCCAAAGAAUAUUUUACGCAUAGUUCGAAGGUUCAUUCUGUAGGCUGGAGCUGCGACGGUAAAAGAUUGGCUUCGGGCUCUUUUGAUAAAUGCGUUUGCAUUUACACUCUAUAUAACGAUAGACUGAACAAAGAAAUUACCUUUAAAGGACACGGUGGGUCGGUGGAUCAACUUUGUUGGCAUCAAACAAACCCCGAUCUUUUAAGUACUGCUAGUGGUGAUAAAUCUGUUCGGAUUUGGGAUACUAGAGUACAGAAAUGUGUAGCAACAAUUAAUACUAAAGGGGAAAACAUUAAUAUAACUUGGUCACCUAAUGGAAAUGCAAUUGCUGUUGGUAAUAAAGAAGAUUUGGUAACGUUCAUAGAUGCCAGAACACAUAAAAUUGAAGCCGAGGAACAAUUUCACUUUGAAGUAAAUGAAAUUAGUUGGAAUAAUACAAGUGACUUAUUUUUUCUUACGAAUGGUCAAGGAUGUGUGCACAUAUUGAGCUAUCCAGAGUUAAAAAGACAGCACAUUCUCAAAGCUCAUCCAGGUACAUGUAUAUGUAUAGAGUUUGAUCCCACGGGAAAGUAUUUUGCAACUGGUAGUGCAGAUGCGUUAGUUUCACUUUGGGAUAUAAAUGAACUAGCAUGUCAGAGGGUUUUUACGAGAAUGGAUUGGCCUGUGAGAACAAUAUCUUUCAGCUAUGAUGGACAACUGUUGGCGUCAGCUUCAGAAGAUCUUCUGAUUGACAUAGGCUUUGUCGAAACAGGUGACAAAAUAGCUGAUAUAAGUGUUGAAGCAGCCACCUUUACAGUUGCAUGGCAUCCAUCUCAGUAUCUUUUAGCUUAUGCUUGUGAUGAUAAGGACAAUUAUGAUAGAAAAAGGGACGCGGGAAGUUUAAAAGUGUGGGGCUUUCCUUCAGAUUGAUUUUAUUUUUGUUAUAUGUACUGGGUGGCUCAUUUUAACUGAACAAACAUUAACAAGUGAAAAAAAUGCAAAAAGAUGAAGAAGUAAUUUGAACUCCAAAUUUUGGAGCAAAUUAAUGUUCUGUAUAUUCACAUUAAUCCAGGAAUUUGUCCAGUUAAAUAAGAUCCUCUCUACUUAUGUGGCACUAUUUUUUACUAUCAUAAGAUUAAUAAAUGUCUUGUUUUAUAUUUCAUAA